AUGUCAACGCCAGAUCUCGAAGUGGACAUGCACCUUGACUCGGAUUAUCACAAGGAAACAGCAAACGCGCACGAAGAUGCGGACCUCGACGAGUACAGUGACUUCGCCGACGACCCUGAGACGCUUGAGAUAAUCGAUCAACUCCUUCUCGAGGCGGCCAACCAGCGGAAAGAAGACGCGUUGGCAAACGCGCCUUUGGUUGUGACAGACAUAGAGGACUAUGAGGACCCUCGGGGCGUUUAUCUGCCUAAGGUGCCUGGUGUUGGGACGAGGCGUCAAUGGCGGCUUCAAAGCCAAUCUGCUGGGAACCAGCAACAGCAGAACAUACGCGACGAAAGUGCCGAACGAAGACGCAGUCAAGGCGAUAAAGAAGUCCCACAGGCUCCGAAGGGCGAGUCUUCUCAGCCAAAAGACGAUGGACAAGACGCAGCCCUCCAACCCACUGGGCCAGACCCUCGAUCCCCCCUCGAACGAUUCCGCAAACCACCCAAGAAAGCCCUCUCUGUCACCGAUCUCAUCUCUCCGUCGUGGUGCGAGUUGCAAUAUUACUACGUCCUGACCAAGCAUGGUCGCAAACGGAGGACACCUGCCAUGAAACAAGGGAGUGCUGUCCACCAAGCACUUGAAGAUGAAAUCCAUACCACAGUCCCUGUGGAAAUUACCAAGAAAGAGGACAGCUGGGGUUUGAGGAUGUGGAACAUUAUCCAAGGUCUGCGCACGCUCAGAGAGACAGGCAAGACCAGAGAGCUGGAGAUCUGGGGAUCGAUUGGCGGAGAGCUGGUCAAUGGAGUUAUCGAUGAGCUCAGCUACGAGUGUCCUGAUCCGAAGCUGGAAGAGAUGAGCCAAAACCUACAGAAGAAGAAGGAUGUUGAGCCCCCACUGCCGGAGUAUCAGGCGAGUAUCAGGGACUAUCUUGUUACAAGCGAGAACAGACAACUAGGCCAGUCGCUACAGCAAGCCCUCGGAAAUGAUGGUGGUGGCGACAACUCUAGCCAGCCAGACCAAGCUUCACGUCCAAGCAGAACCCGAAGCGACGACAGGAGGAUCUACAUCACCGACGUCAAGACACGACAAACACCGACCUUGCCAACCGGUUCAGCCAUUCGACCCACACUCGUUCAGCUCCACCUCUAUCAUCACAUGCUCGAAAGUUUGGCCCAAGGGAAACUCAUGCUUUCUCAACUGGCAGAGAGAUAUGCCUUUGAUGUGAAUGAGACUUUCUCAGACUCAUUCAUUGCUCAGAUAGGCGGGCUGAAUCAAGAGCUCUUCGCCAUGUCCCAGCAGAGUGACGACAUGAGGUACGACAACCUCGUGCCAUCGUCAACUCAGGACUCGAUGGAUAUCCUCCUCCAGCACAACACGCUGGCAGCCCUGUGGGAGUUCAUGCUGGAUCAGCUUCGGCAGACGUUCAUCCUUCCCUCUGAAUCCAGCUCAUCUUCAAUCCCAAACACUACGAGUGGCCAACCGAACACCACGACGGCAGGUCACGACUUCCAAGACCCGACCAUCCCACCGCCUUCCUCUCUAUCGCAGCUUCCCACGCCGCCCUCCCAACCGACCCGCCUCUCCCCGAUCCUCACGGCCCGCUACAUCGCCACGAACUACAACCACUCCGACGGCACCCGCGUUCUGGGCAGCAAGUCCCUCCUGUUCAACCCGUCGUUCCUGACCUCCCAACUGUACGCGUCGCUUGGGUUCUGGAAAGGAGACAGAGAGCCCAAGGGGGUCGAGGUCAAUGAUGCGUGGAAGUGCCGCGCCUGUGAAUUUCGUGACGAAUGUGCUUGGGUCAAGGAACGGGAUGAGGUCAUGGUCAGAGAGGCAAGGGAGAGGAGGAGGUUGAAAGAGGAGAUGGAGAAGGGCGAAGAUGGGGAUACCGCUAAGGGGAGAAGGAGUCGUGUGUGA